AUGACUGAAGUUGAAUAUAAUUUAAAUUAUUUUAUUGAACAAGUUAGAGAAGAAGUAGACGACAAAGAUCUAGUUGGGGACUUAUUGUAUGAAGAACCGAGAGAAUCUCGUUACGAAGAAUGUUGUAUUAUGGUUUUUAAUAUUCCGACGGUUGGAGAAGACAGACUUGAAAAAUUGAAGAAAGUUUUGUCUGGAGUGUUUUCUUUGCAGAAUUUGUACAAAUUUAAUGAUUAUUAUCCGCUUAAUGAGGAAGGAAAGACUAAGGGUUAUGUUUUCCUCGAAUAUGAAAAUAAAGAAGCUGCAAAUGCUGUUAGAUCAAUUUGUGAGGGUUACAAACUUGACAAGAACCAUACUUUUUCGUCUUACCCAUUUUCUGCUUUGAGGGAUUUGAAAGAGCCUAGUGCCAAUUGGAAAGUUCCGGAGAAGCGUGCUUAUGUUGAUUUGGGCGAUCGUUGGUGGUGGCUGCAAAAUACAAAAUGUCUCGAUCAAUUUGCUAUACAAUAUGAAGAUGAUGGGGGUCUACAACUGGAAGUUUUUACGCAUGCUAAAAAUGGGGAUCCAAUACUUGUCCAACAGAGAACGAAUUGGUCAGAAGACAGUAUUUUCAAAUGGACCCCUCAUGGUUCGUAUUUGGCAUCUCUUCAUGCUAGAGGGGUUAUUCUUUGGGGAGGAAAGGAAUUUAAACAAUUUCAACGUUUUGAACAUGGAGGGGUUAAACAUAUUGAAUUUUCUCCUAAAGAAGGUUAUUUGGUGACAUAUGCUUGUAACACAAAUGGCCGUGAUAAUGAAAUGUUUAAAAUAUUUGAUGCAUUUACUGGAGAAUUAAAAAGAACAUUUUCUCCAUUUGGAAAAAUGUCUUCAACAACAACAACAAAUAAACAAUUAAAUUUGCCUUUUGUUAAAUGGUCUUUUGAUGAAAAAUAUUUUGCCUAUUCUAGAGCUUCAAGUGAAUGUUUAAAUGUUUUUAGUUGUGAAAAUUUUAAAUUAUGUGAUGGAAAAACUGUUGAAUUGGAGGGAUUGGUUAAUUUUAGUUUUAAUUCGACAAAGAAUAUUAUUGCUUAUUAUUGUGAAGAAAAGUCAAAUGCUACUAAUAGACCUGCAGAAAUUGGAAUAAUGGAAAUUCCUUCACGUACAAAACUUCGAGCACAAAGAAUUUUUGGAGUUUUUCAAGUAAAUAUUUUUUGGCAAAAGAGUGGAUUAUAUUUGGCUGCACACACUGAACGUUAUCAAAAAAUGGUUAAAAAUAAGGACGAUGUUAAAUAUUCGGUUUGGAUUUUUUAAUUUGAAAUGAUAGGGAGGUUGAUUGGAUUGGUCCCCACAAUUUUUCCAGUUUCUUUUUUAUCAAUUUUGGGUAGUUUUCUGUUGUCCUUAGGGGGUGUUGAAUCCUGACAAAGUCAUCGAUAUCAGAAGCGAAAGCUUUCGGAUAUCUCGACUUUUUUGG